CCCGCUCUCUCGCCCAAAAUCCUCUCGCGUCAGAUCAUCCGAGGGUGAGCCGGAGCCCAACGCGGCCGGAGCGGCAGGCAUCGACAGCUAGCACAGUAAUUCCUGCGGCGCGUCGCGCAGCUGCCCGCCAACGAACCCCCCAGGCCAGCUCGCUAUUUCACCUGCCCCGCUCCGAUCCGCAACAGGGCUGGGCACUUGGGCCGCGCCACGCCUUCCAUUCCACCUCUCUCUCGGCCUCGGCACUCGGCCGCGAGCGUGCCUGGGGGUUUUGGUGUGGAGAGAGCGGCGCCGGGAGGGGAUGGUGCCGGGCGGCGAGCAUGCGGAGGACGCCAUCGUGGCGGACGCCGGCAACGGCAAGGGCGGGGAGGCGCUGCGCGCGAUGGGCGUGGCCGGCGACGACGCCGAGCAGCAGCAGCAGCAGCAGCGCGACGGCGGGUUCAGCAUGAAGAGCCUGCUGUGGCACGGCGGCUCCGUCUGGGACGCCUGGUUCAGCUGCGCCUCCAACCAGGUGGCGCAGGUGCUGCUGACGCUGCCCUACUCCUUCUCGCAGCUGGGCAUGGUCUCCGGCGUGCUGCUCCAGAUCUUCUACGGCCUCAUGGGCAGCUGGACCGCCUACCUCAUCAGCGUCCUCUACGUCGAGUACCGCGCCCGCAAGGAGAAGGAAGGCGUCAGCUUCAAGAACCACGUCAUCCAGUGGUUCGAGGUCCUGGACGGGCUCCUGGGCCGGUACUGGAAGGCCGCCGGGCUCGCGUUCAACUGCACGUUCCUGCUCUUCGGCUCGGUCAUCCAGCUGAUCGCCUGCGCAAGCAACAUCUACUACAUCAACGACCGGCUGGACAAGCGGACGUGGACGUACAUCUUCGGCGCGUGCUGCGCCACCACCGUCUUCAUCCCCUCCUUCCACAACUACCGCGUCUGGUCCUUCCUCGGCCUCGGCAUGACCACCUACACCGCCUGGUACCUCACCAUCGCCGCCGCCGUCCACGGCCAGGUCGACGGCGUCGCGUACUCGAGCCCGAACAAGCUCGUGCUCUACUUCACCGGCGCCACCAACAUCCUCUACACUUUCGGCGGCCACGCGGUCACUGUCGAGAUCAUGCACGCGAUGUGGAAGCCGCGCAAGUUCAAGUACAUCUACCUGCUGGCGACGCUGUACGUGUUCACGCUGACGCUCCCGUCGGCGGUGGCCAUGUACUGGGCGUUCGGCGACCAGCUGCUGACGCACUCGAACGCCUUCUCGCUGCUGCCGCGGACCGGGUGGCGCGACGCGGCGGUGAUCCUGAUGCUGGUCCACCAGUUCAUCACGUUCGGGUUCGCGUGCACCCCGCUCUACUUCGUGUGGGAGAAGGCGGUCGGGAUGCACGACACCAGGAGCGUCCUCAAGCGCGCGCUGGCGCGGCUCCCCGUCGUCGUGCCCAUCUGGUUCCUCGCCAUCAUCUUCCCCUUCUUCGGGCCCAUCAACUCCGCCGUCGGCGCGCUCCUCGUCAGCUUCACCGUCUACGUCAUCCCCGCGCUCGCCCACAUGCUCACGUACCGCUCGGCGUCCGCCAGACUGAACGCCGCCGAGAAGCCGCCGUCGUUCAUGCCGAGCUGGUCGGGGAUGUUCGUGGUGAACGCGUUCGUGGUGGCGUGGGUGCUGGUGGUCGGAUUCGGGCUCGGCGGCUGGGCCAGCGUCACCAACUUCAUCAAGCAGAUCGACACGUUCGGCCUCUUCGCCAGGUGCUACCAGUGCCCGCCCAAGCCGCACCCCGGGUCGCCGGCGCCGGCGCCGCCGCACCACUAGGCCAGCGAGCCGUCGUCGCCAAAGGCUUGCUUGCCGUGCCGACGGCGGCGUCCGGAAGCGGGGAGGGACCUCUCUUCGGUGCGAAACGAGCCUCUGGAUUUUACUGGUUUUCAGGCCGGGACACCUUGCUGUGCACAAAAUUAAACCGUUCUAGAGUGACUGCAAAAUGCAAAUAGUGGAGCAGCUUGUGAGUUCACUGACUAGGGGGGUAGGGAUACCGUCCUGGACUCUGCGUUUGUCGCGUGGAUUUGAUGCAUCGGUUGGUGCGGCUUUUUUCUGUGUGUUGGGUUGUUUGUUGCACAUGGGUGUUGUAGGCUGUUCGGUUCAUGCUAACAUGGCACCUGGUGCAACCGUGCAAGAAUGACAUCUACAGUGUGCUCGCUC